AUGGCUUCAGUUAUGAUGUCCGAUGCUAUCGAAUCCGAUAUUGGGGCCCCGUCCAGCGGUCGCGGCACUCCAAGGGCACGCCCAAAUCAACGAGGUUCUUCUGCUCGACCAAAGGGUCCUCCCUCGGAGAGUGUUGCGCCUUUGAGCGACGACGAGGGUUUCGCAGAUGAUCAAGUCCCAACGGGGAACGGUCGUCCAAGGAGGAAGGAUCGAGCUGUUCCUCGGGUAGAAGAUGUGAUCGGUAAAUAUGUUCAGGACAAUUUUGAAGAGUUCCUGGAAACAUUCAUCGAGGACCCUAUAUUGUCUGGAGCGCCACCUUCAAGUGCUGUGGCUACCGACAAAUACUAUGUCGCACAAAUUCACGGAUUAAGGACAUACCAACUCUCGACUCUGUAUGUCGAUUAUAGGCAUCUCUCCAACUACAAGGGCGGUGCUUUAGCAGAAGGCAUUGUGGAGGAAUACUAUAGAUUUUUACCCUUCUUGACGAAGGCUCUACACAACCAGAUCGCUAAAUACGAACCAAAAUACUUCAGAGAUCAUCGACAGCCAACAGCUUCGAGCAACCAGACCUCCUCAGGUGCUAGCAAUGCUGCUUCGGCAAGCCAAUCUGAUUUCCAGGGAGACAAGACGACGAAUCAACAGACCGAUAAGUUGUUCACAUUAGCAUUUUACAACCUGCCUCUCGUUUCCCGCGUCCGACAUCUUAGAACAGCCAACAUUGGACAGCUUCUCUCUAUCUCUGGAACAGUCACGAGAACUUCUGAAGUACGGCCAGAAUUAUCGCUGGCGACUUUUGUCUGCGAGGCUUGCAAGAGUACAGUUCCUAAUGUAGAGCAAACAUUUCGUUACUCCGAACCCACACAAUGCCCCAACGAAACUUGUCAGAAUCGUUUGAUGUGGAGAUUAGAUAUCCGACAAAGCACGUUUGUGGAUUGGCAGAAAGUUCGAGUCCAAGAGAACAGUUCAGAAAUUCCAACUGGAAGCAUGCCUCGUACAAUGGAUGUUAUUCUACGUGGGGAAAUCGUGGAGCGGGCUAAAGCCGGAGAAAAGUGCAUUUUCACAGGUGCCCUUAUCGUCGUUCCAGAUGUCAGUCAACUCGGCCUACCCGGUGUCCGUCCAAUGGCAGUACGAGACAACCAAAACCGAAGUGGAGAUGCGAGCGGUGUUACUGGUCUCAAAGCUUUGGGUGUGCGUGAUCUCACCUACAGACUUGCUUUCUUGUCUUGUAUGGUGACUCCUGACACGUCAACCACUGGCUCGUCGGUCAACCAGCAACUUAAUGGUCAAUCCAGCAACAUCCUAGCAUCUCUCAACCAGACUGCUCCUAUCGAUCCAAAUGAGCCUGGUGACCAUGCUCAAGAAGCGGUUCUUGCGUCGAUGACACAUGCUGAAAUCGAGGAUCUCAGAAAGAUGGUUCACAGUGAUCACAUUUACUCUAGACUUGUCAAUUCACUAGCACCUAUGGUCUACGGUCAUGAAAUUGUCAAGAAGGGUCUUCUGUUGCAACUAAUGGGCGGUCUAAGCAAAACUACACCUGAAGGCAUGCAAUUGAGGGGAGAUAUCAACAUUUGCAUUGUUGGAGACCCUUCGACGUCAAAGUCCCAAUUUCUGAAGUACAUCUGCUCUUUCUUGCCUCGUGCUGUUUACACUUCUGGAAAAGCAUCUUCUGCAGCUGGUCUUACAGCCGCUGUGGUCAAAGAUGAGGAGACUGGAGAGUUUACUAUCGAAGCUGGUGCUCUUAUGCUGGCAGAUAAUGGCAUUUGUGCUAUUGAUGAGUUCGACAAGAUGGACAUCGGUGACCAAGUUGCUAUCCACGAAGCUAUGGAACAACAGACCAUCUCCAUUGCAAAGGCCGGUAUUCAGGCAACCCUGAACGCUAGAACAUCUAUCCUGGCAGCAGCAAAUCCCGUUGGGGGGCGAUACAACCGGAAGACGACACUGAGGGCGAAUAUCAACAUGUCAGCUCCUAUCAUGUCUCGUUUCGAUCUGUUCUUCGUCAUUCUGGAUGAGUGCAAUGAGAGCGUGGAUCGCCAUCUAGCUGAACACAUCGUUGCAAUCCAUCAACUUCGUGACGAGGCCGUCCAGCCUGAGUUCUCUACAGAGCAGCUCCAGCGAUAUAUUCGAUUCGCCCGAACUUUCAAGCCAGAGUUUAGUCCGGAAGCAAAGGAAGUUUUGGUUGCCAAAUAUAAGGAACUCCGAAGCGACGACGCUCAAGGGGGUAUCGGACGAAACAGUUAUAGAAUUACAGUCAGACAGCUAGAGUCUAUGAUUCGAUUGUCAGAAGCUAUCGCCAAAGCUAAUUGUGUUGAAGAGAUUACACCAACUAUGGUAAUUGAAGCAUUCAACCUCCUCCGACAGAGUAUCAUCUCCGUCGAGAAAGAUGACGUAGAAGUCGACGAAGAUGAAGACGAAGUCCUCGGACCCAACGGCAAUCGCAGGGACACUGACGGUGACUCUCCUAUGGCCGAUGCUGAUGACGACGAAGACGGCGAUAAUGGCCCAGAUGGCGGUGUUGGCGCUGCGGCUGUGGCUGCUACUCGUGCGCCCGAGAGCAGGAGAACGAAGAUCACGUAUGAUAAAUAUAUCAGUGUAUUGAACCUGCUUGUGCAGCGAGUCAAUGAAGAUGAGAUGAGCCAGGGCGAGGGCGUGGAUGGCGAGAAGCUUGUGCAGUGGUAUCUUGAGCAGAAGGAGGAUGAGCUGGCUGGCGAGGAGGAUUAUCAUGCUGAGAUGGCGUUAGUGAAGAAGAUUAUCAAGAGGAUGGUCAAGGAGAACAUCUUAAUGGCUGUCAGAGGCCAAGGUCUCAUAGGCGACGACGGACAAGGUAGCUCAAGCGCCGCGGAGCAAGUCGUCUAUGUCCUGCAUCCUAAUUGCGCGGUUGAGGACCAUUGA